AUGGUGGGGCCGGAGCGGAGCCUGGCCAUGUACAACCAUUUCUUGGCGCUGCUGGACCUGGGCGUGCCCGUCAUCGGGGCGCUGCAGGGCCACGCCAUCGGCGGGGGCAUGGGGCUGGCGCUCUGCUGCGACAUGCGCGUGUGCCACGGGGCGUCGCAGUACGGCGUGAACUUUGUGCGCCUCGGCCUCCACCCCGGGAUGGCCUCCACCUACUUCCUGCCGCGCCUCGUCGGCGUGCCCCGCGCCGCGGAGCUCCUGCUGACUGGGCGCCUCGUGGACGGCUGGGAGGCGGGACGGCUGGGCCUGGCGAACUACUGCUGCGAGACCCCAGAGGAGGUGCUCGCGAAGGCGAACGCGCUGGCGGACGAGGUCGCCAUGAACGCCCCCGUGGCCGUCCGGUGGACGAAGAGGUCGCUCUACAAGCACCUCGGCUGGAGCCCGCGGGACGCGGCCUGGGAGGAGGCGGGCCUGCAGCUGCAGACCGCCGCGACGGCGGACGCGCAGGAGGGCGCCAGGGCGCUGCUGGAGAAGCGGAGGCCCAGCUUCGAGGGCAGGUGA